AUGAUCUCUUACAUUCAAGCUAUACCAUCUACCCAACACCUUUCAAUUAAUCAACUCAAACGAGCUAUCAUUAAUGCAUCCUCAGUCACCUCAAAUCUAACAGAUCUCAUCAAACCAUCAGAGAAUACUGCAUCUACAAACUCUACUGGUCCUCCUACCUUACCGGUUACUAAUUCUACUGAUAACACAACAGCCAACGUGACUUAUUCUCCUCUUUCACCUGCUCUUAAUACUACUAGCACUCUCAAUCUCAAUGGUACUGUUACUAAUCCUUCUCUCAACAAUACCGUUGGUACUCCUUCUGUCUCUGCAGCUAUUAAUGCUACAAGUACCCCGUCUAUCAAUGCUACAAGUAACCCUUCUGCCAAUGCUACCGGUAUCACUUCUAUGAACGUUAGUAUGCCUUCUAUGAACGUUACCAGUAUUCCUUUUAUGAACGCUACCAGUACGCCUUCUAUAAAUGGUAGCAAUAACCCUUCUAUGAACACUACAAGUACCCCUUCUACUAAUGAUACCAGUACCCCUUCUAUCAACACUACCAGUACGCCUUCAAGCAAUGUAACAAGUAUUCCUUCAAGCAAUUUAACAAGUAUUCCUUUAACCAAUACCACAAGCAUUCUUUUACCCAAUACCACAAGUAUUCCUUCAACCAAUACCACAAAUAUUCCUUCAACCAAUACCACAAGUAAACCUUCAGUGACUUAUAUCCCAAACCAUUCAUCUGAUUCACAUCAUUCUAAAAACCAUCAUUCAAAUUCAAUCAAAAAAGAUUCUUCACAUCAUCAAAUCUCGGAAUCUGAUGUAGAUCAACAAAAGAAGGUUGUAGAGAAGUCUUGGAAGAAGUAUCUUGAUGAUCAGGAGAAAUUGGAUCGGAUGAUGGUUUCACAUCUGGAAUUAGAUGCUAAGGAUUUUAAACCCAUGAAUAUGAAACCAAUGUAA